AUGGCCGCCCCAGCUGAUAUCACUAUCAAAAACCUUAGUGGUGAAUGGGUGAUGGAUUCUACUCUGUCCAACCCAACAGACCCCAUUCUAGCUCUGCAAGGAAUGGGCUGGCUCCUCCGCAAAACCCUCGGCUACGCAACCGUAACCCUCUACAUCCACAGCUACCCAGACACCGAAACCCCCACCAUCCACCACGUGGACAUCCAGCAAGUAGUCACCGGCGGAAUCCAAGGAACAAAGGAGUGCCGCGUAACCGACUGGACAGAACGCGACCACACCGACAACAUCUUCGGCACAUUGCACGGCCGAUCCCGUCUACUAGAGGGUAAGAGUGAGGAGGGUGCCUUGCGCCCUACUCUCGAAGUGCAGACUGUGGUUGGGGAGGCGGAGGCCGAUGCCAAGAAUGGGAAGUUCUUGCGUGGUGAGGUUCUCGUGGAUGGAUCUAAGAGUGAGGGAUUCUCUGGGGAGGAUGGGGAGGGGGUUUUCUUGCAGAGCUUUGUGAGGAAUGAUGAGGCUGGUUGGACUGCUGAGCAGGUUUGGGGAUUUGAGCUUGUGGAGGGCGAGCGUCGUCAUACCCGUCGUGUUGUUGUUACCAAGGAUGGCAAGGUUGAGAUGGCUCGACUUGUUUACUCUUUUAAUGCUCGACGUGUCGAGGAGUAG